AUGUUUCAGGUUUGAGGGAGGUAAGGCAAAUAAUGGUAAGGUAAAGCUAUGAAUUUUGCAGCGCAAUUGUUGAAGAUGGAUUCUGUGCUUUGCACAACCAUUCGCCACAAGACCGAAUUAUCCAAAAACACAUUGGAUAUGUUAUUAGGGAAGGUAUUGAAACACACACAUAUUGGAAAUGAUAAAAUCCCAUGUGUCCAGGUUAGAUGUCGAUUGAACGACUUUGAUGAAUAUAUUAAGAAGUAUUUCUCACGACCUAUUGAUCUAUGGGCAUUAGAUCCAAAAAACGCAGCAGGACUGGGUGAUACUAUCUUAAUCACAAAAUGCGAUGUAAAUGAACGACCGGCCAAAUUAGUGACACAUAUUGUUGAUCGAGUGAUGUUCAAGUAUGGUAAUAUUAUCGACCCGAUCACCAAAAAACGGGUAAUCAAGGAGAAAUAUGAGGACGAAAUUAACUUACAGACAAAACUAGUGAAGGAAAUUAUCGAAGAGCCAUCGUCAUAUGACGUGCUGUUAUUUGAAGAAAAAAGGGAUAUACAGCAGCGACGGUUAAACACCCGCAAAAUGGCGAUGAGUCGGCGUGAGUUAUCGAAUCAGCGGCGUGUAUCAACGAGGCGAGGAAUCAAGGAUACCAGUAAAGAGAAGGAAGAAAUACUCGAGAGAGACAAAGAGCAGGAUGAUUAGCGAUGUGGGUGAAACAAAUUAGGUCUUUUUAUGCUGGUUUAAUGAAUUUAUUUAAAUUUCACGUUAGUACUUGCCAGUUUUUCGAAGCAUCAGACCUUGUAAUAUUUUUCUUCACGUUUCUUAGUAAUCUUCAUUUUUACUUUGCAUAUCGGUUUCCACAUGAGAGAUAAUUUCCUAACCAGAAUCUUAUUUCUCCUUUAUCUGUUUAAAAACUUGUAAUCUGUUG